GCGAGUGCGGGUGUUGGCGUGGAAAAGCCCCGCGGGGGCCGCUCUGCUCUCAGCCCACGCUGCCCGGAGUGUCUCUGCCUUUGCCUCGCUCCGCUGUCCCCUCCGCAGCCUGUCCCCAGCCCGGGCCGCGGCCCCGGCAGCGCUGGGCGGGGUGGCCCAACACGGUCUCGGUUCUGAGCUGGUUUGGAGUUGAAACCCGGCGUUACCUCAGCCCGGCGGAUCCGGAAGUUCAUGAAGUGGAUCAUGGUCUUAUUAACCAGCUACUUGCUGAUUCAGAGGAGACUCUUAAUUCAUGCACAGAGAAAAUGCAGGGUCCUGCUCAGUAUAGCUGGAGUGCUGACUGGAGCUUUUGGCUCUCAAGUUCCACUUACAAAUAUAGGAGUGAGGAAUUCAAGAGACAGUUUUCUCAUCUGCCAGACUCAGAGAAACUCAUAGUAGAUUACGCCUGUGCGCUCCAGAAGGACAUCCUGCUGCAAGGACGCCUGUACCUCUCUGAAAACUGGCUCUGCUUCCACAGCAACAUUUUCCGAUGGGAGACCACAAUUUCUAUUGCUUUGAAGGAUAUAACUUUCAUGACAAAGGAGAAGACUGCUCGUCUCAUUCCAAAUGCCAUACAAAUAGCAACAAAAGGAGAGAAGUUUUUCUUCACAUCAUUCAGUGCAAGAGACAGAAGCUACCUCAGUAUCUUCCGUUUGUGGCAGAAUGUGUUGCUGGAUAAGAGGCUGACCAAGCAGGAAUUCUGGCAGCUGGUGCACCAGAGCUAUGGCUCUGAGCUGGGCCUGAACAGCGAGGAGAUGGAGAGCUUCCACUCAUCGUCAGAGGACAACGGGCAGUCUCGAUCCAGCAUUUGUGAUGAUUCUGGAGAAAGGGAUGAAAAACUACCCAAAAUGAUUGGUUUAGUUCAUGAGCCCACACUUCAAACAGAAGGAGAGUCACUCAACAGACACAUGUUGCCAGGAGUGGAGGAGUCCUCAAGUGAGAAGCAAAUAAAGAGUCCUCUUCCAUCUUCAGAAAGAAAACCUGCUAAGCUAGUCAGAAGCAGGUCUUUAGAAAAGUCUUUGGACCUUAACGAGAAUGAAAAUCUUCCAGAGAAGAGCAGUGCUUCAGAUAGUGAAGAAGCAGUGAAGGAGACUGUCUCUGACAAUGAUCUCUAUGGGAGACUUUUUAUAAACAGAGUUUUCCACAUCACUGCAGACAAGAUGUUUGAAAUCCUUUUCACCAAUUCUCACUUCAUGCAGAGGUUUCUUAAUUCCAGGAGUAUAGUAGAUGCUGUAUCAACCCCUUGGAAUAGAGACUCCAAUGGCAAUCAGUUGAGGACUUUGACAUACACUGUAACGAUUAACAAUCCCCUCUGUGGGAAGUUCACCACUGCAACGGAGAAGCAGAUCCUGCAUAAGCAGAGCCAGAAAGGUCAGUCUUACCAGGUAGAUGCUGAGGUCCUGACCCACGACGUCCCCUACCAUGAUUAUUUCUACACUGUGAACAGAUACUGCAUCAGCCGCACGUCCAGUCACAAGUGCCGGUUACGGGUUUCUGCAGAAGUGAAGUACAAAAAACAGCCUUGGGGCCUUGUCAAGUCUGUAAUUGAGAAGAAUACCUGGGGAGGAAUACAGGAAAACUUCAAACAACUUGAAUCAGAUCUCCUAAUGGAGGAAUAUGCAAUUAACCAAUCCAUAGAAGAUUCUGGGAAAUUACUUGCUCUGAGACGAAGGCGACGCACUUUACACCGGGGUUUGGCAGAAUCACUUCCCAAACGCUCUUCCCAGCAUUCCUCUGGUGACCUGGGAGUAGAGUCCCAGGGCAGCUUAAUAGGAAGGAAAAGAGAUGCAGUAAGUAGGACCACCACCAUCAUUGUAGUAAUGAGUGUCUUUUUGCUGCUCUUGGUUUUGCUGAAUAUAACACUGUUCCUCAAACUCUCAAAGAUAGAGCAUGCAGCUCAGUCCCUUUAUCAUGUCCAGCUUCAGGAGGAAAGCUCUUUGAACAUAUCCCCAGAAAUUGUAUCAAAAGAGGAGAUGCCUCAGUAUGAUAAGGAACAGGUUAAACAUGUGAAGGGAGUUUUAAGAGACUCAAUUGAAAUGCUUGAGCAGGAGACUGACUUAAGUAAUUGGUGGCGGGGGUGGAUUGUGUCUCCACAGCUGAAGAUUUCCCUUUCCAUGCUCCAAAGAAGCUUUGACCACUUGAACAGGACACAGAGCAGCAAGACUGAGAGUUAAUAGCCACAUCAGCUUUUCAUUCAAGAUGCUGGAAGAACAGAUUUGUGUGUGAGGACUUGUGGGGUAGGGACUGUAACUGUCUCCUCUGGACUCUUUACUGUUGCACAGAAUAAAAGGUUUGUGGAAGAAGUAA